AUGAGCAACAGCACAUACAAAAAAGGGGGCACAGCCAAAAGAUGGAAGCUUCUCAGUGGAAACAACAAAUGGGAAGGUCUAUUGGACCCUUCAGACAGAAUUCACUACAGAGAAAUGGCUCAAGCAUCUUACGACAACUUCAAUUCUGAGAAGGCAUCAAAAAAACCUAUGCAUGCCAUUUUGUCUCCUAAAUGCACCUCAAGAGAUGAAAAGCUAAAAUUAGCCAUUUCUUGUAUUGUUUUCCAGGUUCUUACCGAGGUUAGAAGACUGGUAGAAGAAUACAAGAAUGUGGAAAUUAGCUUAACUACUACAGGGCACAGAUUGGGAGCAGCUGUUUCUACCCUAAAUGCAGUUGAUAUUGUUACCAAUGGAUACAACAGGCCUCAGGACAUGCCGCACAAGGCUUGUCCUGUAACAGCCUUCGUUUUUGCCAUUCCUCGGGUGGGAGACAAUAACUUUCUUAAUACCUUCUCUAAUCUACAAAGUCUUCGAGUUCUGUGUACAAGGAAUGCCAGAGAUGUUGUUCCAACCUACCCACUGAUAAAUUACACAGAUGUUGGCGAAGAGUUGCCCAUUGGCACCAGUGAAUCAAACUACUUGAAACUCCUGGUAAUUUGA